CGAAGUGCGUGUUUCGUUUUUCACUCCGCUUUGGUAAUACAAAAGUAGAAAUUAUUCAUCCAUCAAUCCCCAACUAACUGUUCAGGAAGCAGGAAAAUAACCCCCAAUAGUUUCUUCGGUGCAUUUAGUACAGGAAAAACAGAAAAGCUGGAGAAACUAGAGCAGUUUGCGAAACUUUCCAAAAUGGACCGAAAGGCGGAAUUGGAGCGGAAAAAGGCCAAACUGCAGGCCCUCCGCGAGGAGAAGGACCGGCGCCGCAAGGAGAAGGAAAUGAAAGACCUGGAGGAGGCAGCCGGAAAAUUGGGAAAUACGGAAGGCAACACCCGAAAGGAUCUGGAUGAAAUGCUCUCAUCCCUGGGCGUAGCACCCGUAUCAGAAGUGCUUUCGUCGCUAUCUUCCGUGAACUCGGCCACAUCCGACCAAUCAGCCAAUCACACUCCGGAUGCCAGCUUACAACCAAACCUAAACGGACAAAACAACCGUAAGAAACCGAUCAACCUGAGUCUGGUGUCGGUGCAAGCAACGAACAUUCCCCCGAAGGAAACCGUGGUGUACUCGAAGCAAACACAAACCACCAGUACCGGAGGCCACGAACGCGAUGUUUUUUCUUGCCAUUCCUCACCUCUAUCAGGAUAUAUGGAGGAUUGGUGGAGACCCCGUAAAGCCCAUGCCACGGAUUAUUACGAUGAAUACAAUCUGAACCCCGGUUUAGAGUGGGAGGAUGAGUUUACAGGUGACGACGAGGAGAACUCCCUGACUCAUAUCGAUCACGGCUUCCACUCGAAACUACCGCCGGGUAUUCUUCCGCAUGGACUUCCGACGGUUAAGGAGGUGGCCCCGGCCAUCACACCUCAAGAACAGAAAAAAGAAGAAGUCAAGGAAGUCAAAGAGCUGUCGGCCGAGCAAAAGCAGAUGAUCAUUCUAUCUGAAGAUUUCCAACGUUUCAUUUUGAGAACGGGAAAAAUAAUGGAACGUGCUCUCUCCGAACAAGUUGACAUUUAUAUGGAUUACAUUGGUGGGGCAGAUACUGAUGAUAUUAACGAUGAACGUUCCUUAGCCCGGUUAUCGCUGAACCGUACUUUCUACUGUGAUCGAUGGUCGAAGAAUCGAUGCGUCACUUCAUUCGAUUGGUCGACACACCAUCCGGAGUUGAUGGUUGCCUCCUAUCACAAUAAUGAGGAAUCGCCCAAUGAACCGGACGGCGUUGUCAUCGUUUGGAACACCAAGUUUAAGAAGCACACCCCAGAGGACGUGUUCCACUGUCAGAGCGCCGUUAUGUCGACCUGCUUCGCCAAGUUCCACCCUAACUUGAUUCUGGGUGGAACCUAUUCCGGACAGAUUGUACUCUGGGAUAACCGAGUGCAGAAAAGGACACCAAUUCAAAGGACCCCUCUCAGCACCAAUGCACAUACGCAACCGGUCUACUGUCUUUCCAUGGUGGGUACACAAAAUGCCCACAACGUGAUCUCGAUUAGUUCGGACGGUAAGCUGUGCUCAUGGAGUUUGGACAUGCUUUCGCAACCACAGGACGUCCUAGAGCUGCAACAGCGACAAUCGAAGGCUAUUUCCGUUACAUGUAUGGCUUUUCCCCACAAUGAGGUCAACAACUUUGUUCUUGGUAGCGAAGAUGGGUAUGUUUACUCGGCCUGCCGGCACGGUAAUCGUUCCGGAAUCGGAGAAACCUACGAAAAACAUUUGGGUCCGGUAACUGGCAUUUCUGCACACCAUAAUCAAUCUUCGCCAGACUUUGGCCAUUUGUUCCUUACAUCGUCCAUUGAUUGGACCAUAAAAUUGUGGAGUCUAAAAGACAACAAGCCUUUGUAUUCAUUUGAAGAUAACUCGGAUUAUGUGAUGGAUGUCGCUUGGUCGCCAAUUCAUCCGGCUCUCUUCGCCGGAGUGGACGGAAGUGGUCGACUAGACUUGUGGAAUCUCAACCAAGAUACAGAAGUUCCGACGGCUUCUGUAGUAGUGGAAGGUCAGCCUGCUUUGAACAGAGUUUCCUGGACACCUUCGGGAUUACAUGUAACAGUCGGUGACGAAGCCGGUCGCGUGUAUGUUUACGAUGUGGCCGAUAACUUGGCCAGUCCACGGAUGGACGAGUGGAACAAGCUAAACUCUGUGUUAUACGAAUUGAAAAUGAAUCAAAACGACGAAUUCGACGACAUUGAUAAAAAGUCACCCAUCCCUCAAACCCCAUCACUUCCAUCGUUAACGUCUUCACCGCUUAUAUGAAAUUCAAUUAGGCCCUAUUGAGGUUUCGAUAGGGAUUUGAAAUUAAACUAAGGGUUAGUUUAUGUUGGUAUGAAGUCAAGAUGUGAAUAAUUAUUACGAGGAAUGAGGCCUGGUUGAGAUUAUAAUUAUGAAGAUGUAAGUCUGACAACCGUGCUUUUGUAGUGGUAUACAAUGCUGAAUGAUAUUUGAUAAAGGCUCAAAAUCACAGAAAUGAAGAAAAACUCUGUGAACGUUUCCUUUAUUUAAGACAGUAUAAUCGCUUAAUAAUUGAAUAAUAGCCACAAAUAACAUAACAUCAUUUCAACUAAACAUCAAUAAUGGCAACUAGUACGAUAAUUCAGUCUACUAACAUAUGUGCAAACAACUGUAUUAUUAAUUAUCCAAAUGUUGGCUUUACGAUAUAAUAAAAUUUAUCUAAUAGAU